UCGGGCGGCGCGCGGACUCGGAGCACAAGCUGACGCGCGGCUGCUGUUGCUGUGAACCGCAGGGAUGUGAGAAACGCGCCGUGUACGAGAGAAGAGACAGACAGGUCCCCUGACAACAUCAAAAGGACAGGACACUCCUCUGACCUGAUUCAGUGUAAAACAGGAGGCGAGGAGCAGGUACUAUGUGGCCGCGUUGUGGGUGCCUGCGUGCGGCUCUGAGCGCGCGACGAUGUAAAAGGCAGCGCGUACGGAUUCUGCGGCAGUUGUGAUCGGGGAUAACUGUGAUUGGGAAAACUCAGCGGGGCAUUGAAAACCACGCUGAUCACUGAGCAAAUAAUCAACCAGACAGUCAUUUGUAGACGUAUUCAUUGUGUGCGCCUCCAUGCGCCCCGUUCUUCGAUCGACCACUGGAAGAGAGAGACAGUGCAUUGAAUGCGAAUUUACACUCAAGGUUUUCGCUGCAAGUGAUUCCAUAGUUUCUGCCCUGCUCAAUUCAAAUCAUCUGGAUAGACCUUACAGGCAGGAACUGAGCUAUAUCUACACUGAAUGAAGUCUGUGUGCUGCUGGUUUAGAAUGUUGUCACGAUAACAUCAGCAUGACUCCGCUCUGACUGCAGCAGGUGGGAGCCCAAGGGUCAGUCUGUGAGUGAGGACUGAGUCAGGAAUGAAUCAGCGCUGCUUUUGAUUGACGGACAGCUCGGUGAGAAACAAGGCCUCUGGAGAGCGAGAGUCCGAUAACAGGAGUGAAAGCGUCCCCCCAGCAAUAUCAUCUUUCAGUCUUCACUGCCACUCGUCUUUCACAACAUGGCCCCUGCUGUGGCACCGGUCUCCUCUAUCGCUGUGUCUUCGAGGACAUAGAAAGACACCGGACACACAGCGUUCCUGGAUACUGCCGCAGAGGAAAGCUGGGGAAGUGUUUUCGGGUCCGUAGCAGAUGGACAAACUGUGUUAAUCAUCAGUACCUUCACCUUUACAACGACUGUUUCCUAGUUAGGUAAUCGUUUUAGUGGUUCAAAGGUACUCGCGGUACAAUGGACGUUUUAGGAAGGUGCUGUCUCUGAUUUUAUAUGUUUCUGUGCAACAUUAAAGGCCAAUGCGUGUGGCUCGAGAGCCCAUCAUGGCCAAAACGCUGCUGAAGAUCCACCGCUAUUUCCGGCGUAAACCGGUACGCUUUUUCACCUUCAUCCUCCUCUACCUCACCGCUGGCAGCCUUGUUUUUCUCCACUCCGGCUUCUCCAGCGAUACUUCCACCACUAGCGCCUCUGGAAGCGGACGUGACCCACUUAUAUCCGAAGGUGGGGGCGGCACAGGUGGUGGGAGCUCUACCUCUGAUGGUCUGGUGCUCCUGGGGAGGGUGUUUAAGGAGACACGGAGAGCCCCCCGGAGAUUUGGACCACCAUGGAUGAAGGAAAAUAGAGCACAGGAUGCACCGGAGUGGGCCAGAAGAGGAGUCGAUCACACCAGCAGUUGGAGCCAUGGAGCCAAAGGAAGAACCACCAAAGAGAUGGAUGAUGGGAGAGCAAAGUACACCGGCUGCUAUGUUGAUGACACACAGAAACGGGCUCUUAGAGGGGUGUCCUUUUUUGACUACAAAAAAAUGACCGUCUUCCGUUGCCAGGACAACUGCGCUGAGAGGGGUUAUCUCUAUGCGGGUCUGGAGUUUGGAGCUGAGUGCUACUGUGGCCAUAAGAUCCAGGCGGCCAACGUGUCAGAGAGUGAAUGCAAUAUGGAGUGUAAAGGGGAGAAGAGUAACCUCUGUGGAGGACCUAAUCGACUGUCCAUAUACAGACUGGAGCUGAGCCAGGAGUCGGCCCGCCGAUAUGGAAGUGCCAUCUUCAAGGGAUGUUUCAAGAGGCCAGAGAACGUGACCCUGGCGCUUCCUGUUAGUGCUGUUAUUCAGAACAUGUCAGUGGACAAGUGUGUUGACUUGUGCACUGAGAAAGAAUUCUCUCUGGCUGCUUUGGGUGGUGAACAAUGUCACUGUGGUUUUCCAACUCCUCUCUUCACUCUGCAUGAGCGUGAGGAUGAGGAACUGUGUCUCCAGCGAUGUUUUGGGGAAGACUUUGAGAGCUGCGGAAAUAAGGACUUCUUUGUAGUGUACCAGACCCAAGUGCAAGAUAAUCGCUGUAUGGACCGGCGCUUUUUACCCACUCGUUCCAAGCAUCUAAUAGCACUAGCUAGUUUCCCAGGAGCGGGGAAUACCUGGGCCCGUCACCUUAUUGAACUGGCCACGGGGCACUACACCGGGAGCUACUACUUUGAUGGCUCACUGUACAACAAAGGAUUCAAAGGGGAGAGAGAUCACUGGCGCAGCGGUAGAACCAUAUGUAUCAAGACCCAUGAGAGCGGCAGGAAGGAGAUUGACACCUUUGACGCUAGCAUCCUUAUGAUCCGGAACCCUUAUAAAGCGCUCAUGGCUGAAUUUAACCGAAAGUAUGGCGGCCAUAUUGGAUUUGCCUCUCAAGCUCACUGGAGGGGGAAAGAGUGGCCAGAGUUUGUGAAGAACUACGCUCCAUGGUGGGCAUCCCACACACUAGACUGGCUGAAAUAUGGGAAGAAAGUUCAAGUAGUGCACUUUGAGGAUUUAAAACGGGACCUUUUCUCUCACUUAAAAAGCAUGGUCAUCUUUCUGGGCCUGGAAGUGUCAGAGGACCGCCUGCUGUGUGUGGAAGGACAGAAAGACGGGAACUUUAAACGUUCUGGGCUCAGAAAGCUGGAUUAUGACCCUUACACGCCUGAAAUGCGUGCCACCAUUGACGGGCUUAUUAAGACUGUGGACACGGCACUCAGAAAGAGAAACCUGUCUGGUGUACCUGAGGAGUACAUGCCCAGAUGAUACUCAUCUUCUGACAUUUGCUUUUUUUCACACACGUUUUUUUUUUCCUUUUUUUUUUAGCUAUACACUUUUCCCCCCUAGAAUAUAAAAUUGUUUAUCGUCAUCUUCCAUUCAGUUUGCACAAAAGUACUGCUAAAAAACUGUUCGUCCCAUCACGAAGAAUCUAAAGAUACACUAGUAAGACAUGGGCUUGUGCAACAAUUUGGCUCUAGUUGGCUGAAGUUUAACCACCAUGGAUCCAUCUUCUUUAGGCCAAUUUAAGUGUGCCGUAACCACAAAUUCAGUUUGUCACCACGGGCAAUGACUUUUCAUGCUUUUGAUGAAAAUGUCUGUUGCCACCAAGACAUCCGGGUCAACCAUUUAGAUGGACACAUCACAUCUGUUUUUCAUUGAAUUUGCUUUUCCUUUUCCACUACUAUGACUAUGAUCCAUUAAGCACUCAAGUAUCAUUGGGAAUAUAUGGACAGCGAUUUAAUGUUUUACAUCGGAACCUCAGAUUCCUGUUCCCAAAAAUAUGUGGGCCUUCAGAAUAUGAUGCUUCUUAAAACAGAUCAGUAGAAAUGAUAUAUGGACAACAAAAAUCCUCAAGCUAUACCACGUGGAUUAGAUAAAUGCAUGGACAACUCAAGAAACAUGUUGUCUGGUACCUGCCUUCAGUGAUUGAAUCACUUUUGAAUUAGAUGCAAGCAACCAAGUUCUUCUGUUUCUGCUGUGUGUUUAGAGCACUUUUAUGUUGAGAUCAUUUCUUCAAAUUAAAUGAUUUACCUUUCGAUUUUCACUGAGGUUUUAAAAUAUAUUUGCAGUGGGCAAUCAAAAAAAACAAUUCUUCUUGUGUUCACAAAGUAAAAGAAAUGGUGUCUUCUUGUAAAUUGUUUAAAAUAAUACAUUGACUGACCCUUUAUUCCUUUUCUCCAACACAAUUAUAGUUAUCCUUAAAAGGGAUGCUGUUGUUCAACCAAAGAGUUGCGUAUCGAUUCUUAAAACAUUUGGAACAACAUGAAGGAGAGUAAAUGAAGACAUUUUUUUCAUUUUUGGAUGAUCUAUCCCUUUAAGCAAAACCCCUUUUUUUCACCAGUUUAUGUUCCGAGUAUACAGUAGUUGCAGUACAGUACCGUGCAUUGAAACCCAUUUUUUUGACACCUGAGAAGACCCAAAAACCAAAUAAUUCCCAAAUUAAGUCAGAUUUUGGAUGCAAUUGUAAACUUGUUCCCUUUAGAAAUGUUCAGAAUUGUUCUUUGUUUUGAGUGUUUUAAUUACAGAAGAUUUUUUUUCUUGUUAUUCAAAACAGAAAAUCAACAUUAUAAUCUAUAAAAUAAUCUAGAAUUCAGGGGUGAAAGUGAGUAUGAAGCAAUGUGAUAAAAAGAGACAAAGAAAGCACCUCAUGGGUAAACUUCAGCUUUUCAGCUAAAGUCCUAACAAAUAACAUUCGAUAUAUGUAAAUACACAUAUAUAUUUUUGUAAUGCUCACAUGGAGAAUUACUUUCAAAGACACCUCUAUUUUUGAAAAAGGCUUUUAAAUUUGAGCAUUACAUGCUUUUCAUUUAAAAAGAGGAACAAACCUGAAGUGUCUUUCUGAAUGUAUUUUGUAUGGAAUGAAUGUAAGGUAUUUCUACCAAAUAAUCAGAGGGUGAUUACCAGCAGUGCAAAGGAAAUUAAAGGUUUUAUUAUAAUUGUAAGUUGAGAGAACUGUGGAGAUGAGGAAAGACUUUUCUCUUGUUUAAUGCUUGAUGCAUAUGUCCUGGUCAAUAAAUUGUAAAGCCCCAAAUUC